AUGUUUUUACCUAUAGAUAUGUUGUCCAUGUUCUUAUUGAUAGUAGUGUUUGCGAUUUCACGGGCUUAUGUUAACGUCGCCCUCAAUAAACCAGCAUACCAGCAGUACCCAGUGUUUCCAGGUACCGACUUAUAUGACGCCAGUAACGCUGUGGACGGACGUAAAUCUGAUCUGAGCACAAAUGGUGGUCAAUGUGCUAAAUCAAUUUCCUCAACCACCGCCACAUGGUGGGUGAACCUGACCAGCAUCCACAGCAUCCAUCACAUCACUAUAUACUUCAGGACGGACAACUUAGAUUCGUACACAGCAGACAGUUUACUUGGAUUCUCCGUGUAUGUCUCCAAUACCACAGAUUUAUCACAAGGAACGUUGUGUUUCAAGCACGACAUCUUCACAAUAAACACAAUACCUUCUGUCUUCACAACAAACUGUUUUGUUCAUGGACAAUAUGUCAUCUACUACAACGAGAGACUACCGGGAGUUGUCUACCCUUACGGUUAUUUCUUUUAUGUACGGAUUGACCUCUGUGAAGUAGAGGUGUAUGGAUGCCCAUCAACAGGGUUUUACGGGUCUAACUGCUCUAUUCCCUGUCCAGAUGUCAACUGUCAGUACUGUCACAUAGAGACGGGCACCUGUCAGGGCUGUAAGCCUGGGUAUCAAGGUCAUCACUGUGAAUUAGCAUGCAACAAAGGACUUUUUGGUGUUGACUGCAAUGAAAAAUGUGGACAAUGUCGUGAAAUAUACCAAUGUCACCAUAUACAUGGUACAUGUUCAACUGGAUGUGCUGCUGGUUAUCAGGGGGCCAUGUGUAAAACAGGAUGUGACAAAGGAUCAUAUGGUCUUGAAUGUAAAGAAACGUGUGGACACUGUCGAGAUAUCAACCAAUGCUCCAAUGUCAAUGGUUCUUGCUUAACUGGAUGUGACGCUGGUUUUAGUGGAGAAUUAUGUGAAACACGUUGCGACAACGGUUCAUACGGCUUUGAUUGCAAAGAGAAAUGUGGAAACUGUCGUGAAAUUGACCAAUGCUUUUAUACAAAUGGAACAUGCUUAACUGGUUGUGAUGGUGGUUAUCAGGGAGACUUGUGUAAAACACAAUGUGACAGAGGAUCGUAUGGUAUUGAAUGUAUUGAAACAUGUGGACACUGUCGUGAUGUAAACCAAUGUUCCCAUAUCAAUGGAACAUGCAUAACAGGAUGUGCGGCUGGUUUUGAAGGUGACUUGUGUACAACACGUUGCGACAACGGUUCAUACGGCUUUGAUUGCAAAGAGAAAUGUGGAAACUGUCGUGAAAUCGACCAAUGCUUUUAUACAAAUGGAACGUGCUUAACUGGUUGUGAUGGUGGAUAUCAGGGAGACUUGUGUAAAACACAAUGUGACAGAGGAUCGUAUGGUAAUGGAUGUAAUGAAACAUGUGGACACUGCCGUGAUGUGAAUCAAUGCUCCAAUAUCGACGGAACAUGCAUAACAGGAUGUGUUGCUGGUUUUGAAGGGGACUUGUGUACAACACAAUGUGACAAAGGAUCGUAUGGUUUUGAAUGUAAUGAAACAUGUGGACACUGUCGUGAUGUAAACCAAUGCUCCAAUGUCAAUGGCUCUUGCUUGACUGGAUGUGAUGAUGGUUAUGAAGGGGACUUAUGUAAAUCACGUGAGUAGACAAACACCAAGGUACAUGUGCAGGCGAAACUAGCAGCUUAUUAUUACAUGUAUAAAAAGAAUAUCUUAAAUAUUCAUACUGAAAAAAAAAAAUAUGGUAAACACAUUUUUUUAAUUACACGAUGCAAUUACAAAUGGAGUAGUAAUAACAUAUAAACAUGUUUACAUUUUACUUGCGGCAAACAUACACUGUAGUAGCGUAUUAAGUCAGUACUUCCGUAUAAAUGGAACAUGCUUAACAGAAUGUUAUAAAAAGCUAUAUGUAUCAAGGAGAAUUGUAUAACUUACUUGAGUACAAAGACCAUCUCUAAAAUUAUGCAUAGAUGGAUAUAUAAAUAGAUUAUCCAUGUGUUUUACACUGCAUUAUUAAUACUGAUGUAAAUUUGAAAUUGUCAAUAAACAAUGAAGAGAAAGUAAAGAGAAAUCAAGGUAAGUCCAAUAGAAUGGGAAUUAACCAGAUUUUUACAGUGUUUGUUUUAAGUAAUAUACCUUUAUUAAGGUCACUAAAACAAAAUCAAAUCAAACAACGUAAGUUGCACACAAUUUGUUUUAUCGUAUUUUGAUUAUAACGACCUAUACUGUGUGUUUUUUAUGUUAAAGUUCAAUGAUUUAUCAAUACUACUUGUAUGACAAGGUUUAGUAAUUUGACUUAAUAUUCAAUUCAUUUUUUGUGAAUGCUCUUAUUUGUGAAUUACGAGGGAGAAAACUGCUACUCGAUAUAAUCAUGAAAAAGUGUCCAUACCCAUGGUGUAUAGUUAUCGAAACUUUACGCCCACAAAAUUGACUUCUGUCGAUUUUAAUAUAGGUAAACGCAUGGUGUAAUUCAAGUUGCCAAUUAAAUUCAAAGUUCGAUAACUCUUAUUUGUUAAACAUAAAAAUAUGAAUCGAUGACAAAUACAGUUUUCUUCAUAAUAAAAAACUAUAUAUUUUUUGACUAUCCGGACAAUAGAAAGUUUAUGUUCCCAUCGAUAGCAAUUAUUUUUUAUCGACGUCGCCAUUUAAAAUAAUUUUUGUUUUUGGGAAACAUAAACUAUCUAUCGUCCUCAAAGCAUGUAAGUACGUAUAUAAUAUUCAUAAAUGUUUACAACCUUUAAUCCGAUCUUAGUAUAUAUCGCUGAUAUACGAAUCAAUUUUACUUACGGUAUUUGAUAUUUUGAGAUGUUUUUGCAAACUGUUCUGUAUAUUUUGUGUACAAUUAAAAAGUACAAAAAAAAGAGAAUGAGACCGCUAAUGGUGCAUGUUAUGCGCAAUGUAACGAUAAACAACAGAUUAGCUGAUAUCAUUGUAAUGAUGGCUGUUUUUGGAGAUGUAUGGUAAGUGAUUUUUUUUUCUUAGCAUGAUCAGAUAAAAGUGAUAUUUGGGAAGCAAAGAUAAAAUGUAUUGAUGAUUAAUGAGAAUUAUGAAGAAUGCACGUAAACAAAUACCAUUCUGCGUACUGUACUGUCUACGACUGAAACGUAUGUUGUCAAAAGUAACAAAACGAAACCAAAGUUGAUAUGUUUUGUAUAUAAUGGAGAGUUAGGUUAUCUAUAUAAUGUGUAAUCAAGUGUGACUUGUUGAUGUUUAAGAAUAUUUUUCUUUGACGUUGAUAUCAUUUUGUUUUUACUUCAAUUUACCAGUAGUAUUUACAAUGGCUUAAAUGAUAUAUCUUGUUUUAGAUAAGCGCAACGUCCGGAAGGUUUGUCGAAAUUAACUUUUAAAGAAAAAUUAAAUCCAUUUUAGAUGCAGAAGUUCAUAGUAACAAAUUAAAGUUUUUAUAAAUAUUUACAUGUGUAUUCAUCAAAGUAAAGUAUUCAUGUUUGUAAUUUAAUUAUUGAAUACAACUUUAAUAUUAUUUUGACGAAAACGAUAUAUUCUUAAAAUUAAUGUUAUAUAUUUUUUCUCUGAUGACUGUUGACAACAGUAGGUAUUUAAAUGAUCUAAUGUGGCACUUAUAAAAAAGCUUUGUACAUUUAUAUUAAUCAAUUUCUCUUUUUCCAGGUUGUGUUUCUUCUCUUGAAAAUUAAAAAAAAGUAUAUAUGUACUCAAAUAGGCUUGGUGGGCUGAACAUGAGGGAAAUAUCUGCAUCGAUAUUAAAACAAAUUGAACAAUUGAAUAGGUGUAAAUAUUCUUGGAUUCGGAUGGUGAUUGCCUAUGUUCAAAAAUGAAAUCUUUUGAUUUUAUUAUUAACAGUAAUAUAUUAUGAACAGGAAUUUAAAACAAUUAUCAUGAUUUAAUCUAACGUAGCUAUAUGAACAGCGAUCAUUUCGUCUUCCUUACUUCACUAACAAUUUGCAAUUUGCUUACAGGGAGACCAGGUGUCUUAUAAAUGUAAAUAAAUUUAAACGUUUCUUAAAGGAAUGCUCAGAUGAAUUUACAAUAUAAAGAAAACGAGAGGAAUUUAAUAGUAAGUUUUGUUAUAAACUGAAAAUUAUACAUAAUAUACAUAGAAACAAGCAAUGCAAAUAGCAAAUGAUAUGGUACUUUUGUUAAGAAAUUGAUAUACAUGUAAAU